AUGCUUGGGCUGAUAAAGAUGGGUACAGAAAAUAGGUCAAUUUUUUAAGAUCCAGCAUUUAAGGAGAGACUUUAAGAGUCCUUUAGAGAUUACGAUUGUGCGAAGUUAAUAAAAGUAAGACCUAUUAGUCGGUAUUUAAAACCUUUCAUUUUGAGAAUUUCUACAUAAGGGGAUAAUGGAUCAUUUUAAAGAACUAAACGUCAAAAUUGUAAAAAUAUUCCUUCUGAGGAGGAAGAACUGCUUAAAAAUUGUAGACAAGCAAAACAUGGCAAAUAAUCGAUUGAGACACCUAAAAAAAUUAAAUAGAAGACAAAAUAAGUAGAUCUAAACUAGGGAAAUAAUUCCAAAGUUGAAACUUCCUUCAUGAUUCAAAAUUCAAAGAGCUAAGGGUAAGGUAUAUCAAACUUCAAAGCUAAUACUAAAACAAGCAGGACUAAGCAAUAAAAAUUAAAUCAUCAAAAAUUAAAAUGA